GCGGCGACGAACCGCUUCGAGGGGAGCAGGAGCGCAAGCCUCGAUUUCGGUCUCUCUCAGCCACCACGCGCUCUACCUUGCCUCCGCCGUCCCGGGCAGGGUCUCCUCCCAAGAGGCGGGGCUUGUGAACGCUCAACACAAGUUUGGGCGAGGCGGCCAGAGGGAGUUCCGGGCUGGGACGGUGGCGGAAAGCAGCGUCAGAGAGUUAUGGAGAGUGGCGGAGGCGCCUACGGAGCCGCUAAAGCGGGAGGCACGUUCGACCUGUGGCAUUUCUUGCAGCAGCCACAGGUCAUUGCGCGCAUUUUCAGUGCGGUAUUUGCACUCAUUGUUUUCUCCUGCAUCAUUGGAGAAGGUUACAGCAAUGAUCCCCACCACACUGAACUCCACUGCAUCUUUAAUCGUAGUGAGGAUACCUGUCGUUAUGGUAUCGGCAUUGGUGUGGUUGCCUUCCUGGCUAGUAUAUUUUUCUUUAUGGUUGACGUCUACUUUCCCCAGAUUAGCAGUGCCACUGAUCGCAAGUACCUCGUUAUGGCCGACCUAGCCUUCUCAGCUGUUUGGACCUUUUUGUGGUUUAUUGGAUUCUGUGUGCUGGCAAACCAAUGGUCAUCAACAAAGGCUGAAGAUGUAACAAUUGGGAUUGAUUCUGCCCGUGCAUCGAUUGCCUUCAGUUUCUUCUCCAUUUUUUCAUGGGGUCUCCUGAUUGCCUUCGCCCUUCAGCGUUACCGUAUGGGUGUCCAAGAUUUUGACCAGAGUUACAUCGACCCAGCUCCAGGCCCAACACCUCCAUACUCCAGUUACCCCAAUGUCAGUCAUGAGAGCUACCAGCAGCCACCCUUCACUCACACUCCAGAGAACUCUGAGGGCUACCAGCCUCCACCUGUGUAUUGAUUGCUACUAACACUGUUCAAAGCAGCUGGCAGGGAUAGUUUCCUAGUGCUAUGUAUUCCUUUCUUGAGGUGGGAACUAUGUCUACUGUGAAAUUGUGAGGGUGCCAUAACCAAGAUUGUGGGUUGCGCAUGUAUAUGUAUUGGGUUCUGGGAUAUUGUACUAUUUUCAAAACUCGCAUCUUGCAGAAAAUGAUGUUUCUUUUGCGGGCACAGGAAGCUUGCUGUGUGACUUGCAAGGAAUAUUAAUUGCUGAAAUGGUAUUGACUACUUGAUUUUAUUAUUGCUGCAGCUAACUAAGCUGCUUGCUGGAAAUAGCCAGAGACAUUCUGCCGCAGAGGAACACUGUACUUCCACUGGAUGUGCCCCAGUGGGAUCCUUGCCACAGCUAUCCUGCCCCAAUGCGGUUACAUCUGUGCCUUGGUGUGCUUGCGCAUCUUGACCAUUCUAGACUUCCAAUGGGUCUGGUGUUCCUGUGGCUCUGUGGUGCUGCCCUUCCAGACUGCGCACUGCUUUCUAUCGUUUCAGCUGCUGAUACCCAAACCAAUUAAAAGCAUUUCUAGAUAAAGCUUUA